AUGAACAACGACGAGAGCGAAUUUGCAAUCCGGCGAAUCUGCUUAAAGAAGACGAUCGGCGAAGAACGAGAGACGCGAAUAUUGCCUUUGCAGUACUGUGAUCCCAAGAUUGUAUAUAAAACAACAAACAUUGAAUGUUUGCCCGAUCCGUCAUAUGCUGAAAAUGCGACUUGUUUCGUAAAGGCCGUUAAUUGGAACAAAGCAGUUGCCCAAAUGGACUGUGAUCUCAUUUUGCCAUUAUCAAAUAUAUCGGUUCGGGUUGAGCUCCUUAAGAAGAGCUAUACCAAUCGAUAUCACCCAUUCCUGAUCAAUGUCACUGUAAAUAUGUGUGACGUGAUAGCGAAGAGAAAUUUCAUACCCUACGGAACCAUUUUUUGGAAAAUACUCAAGAAUUAUACAAAUGUGAAUCAUAGUUGUCCAUUUACGGGUCACAUAUUUGCACGCAACUUUUUCCUUGAUGAGAACUUGUUCCCAACAUUUCCGUUAGGCUUCUAUUUAAUGAUCAUAAGUGUUUUUGAGAAUUACGUCGAUCGACCACCAAAAUUGGCUGGAGCCAUCAAAUAUUAUUUUCAAGUAAAGGAAAUGGAAGCAAAAAAAAGAAGGAAGCCACUGCCUCGGUACAACUGA